AUGGCUGAGCGAACUAGCUCCAAGGCGUGCUGGUUCCAGGAUGUCGACAGAACCACGCAAGGUACAAGUGCCAGUACAGAGUUGAACGAAGGGGGCGUGAGACGAGUGAGGACAGGGCCCUGGCACUGGGGUGUGCGGAGGCUGUGGGCAUCCCGGCGCCAUGCCUUGCAGGGUCUGGAGUUGUUAGAUGGAAGCGUAUAUGCGGUAACAGGGGCUGCAGGGCAAGGCGGGAAUGCUGUACAAAUGCCUGUGUGGUACCUGAUUGGAACCAGCUUUGGGGCCUGUGCGAUAAUAAGCGCGUCGCACGGCGCUGCUUGUGCUGGACUUGUGGGCAAAAGGGCCCUCGAACGAGAAUUAGAGCCAGAUGUAGUUGGGCAUCCCGCGGGCGUGAAUGCUACUGUACUCUUACCUGCCGACACGCCAGCAGCAUCUGAAGAAGAGGAGGGAGACAGGAGGAGGAAACAUCGACAGGCGUGGAGGCAAGAUGCAGACGCUGGGUCAAAGGCAUGGAGUUGGGGUUGGAGUUGGAGUUGGGGGAGGACAUGGGCAGCCACCCAAAAGCACGGAGUUCUGAGUUCGGGUCGCAGCAGUGCUUCGUACAUGGUGGCAGUUCGCACAAGGCUCUUGUGGAAGCACAAGCACAAGCACAAGCACAAGCAGAGGCACAGGCACCGGCCCAGGCAGGGCGAGAAGCCUCGGGAGCCCGUCGCAUGUAGAUUCGGCCUACAUGUACGGAGUACAGCACUGUACGAAGAUGAUGUAGCUGCAAAUCCAGACCAGACGGCAGAUUCUGCUUCGGCCUGGUCGACUCAGGCCCAGACACGGAUCUAUCCUGUGAAUCGCGAACUGGGCAACCCCAUGGCAUAUCUGCCCGAGUUGGGAUCGGCAGAUCAUUCGAAGGGCACUCUAAAAUGGCAUUGGGCCACAUCUCCUCGUGCAAGUAAGCCGGAUGAAAGUUGCGUCUCGUACCUGUACCAGGCGCUGUCCAAGUAUUGGCGGUUUCUGCAGCAGCGAAGAGAAGUCAGUACGUACCCCGUAUCGCCAAGCAAAGGCCAAUUCCAGAAUGCUAGCCUACGGAGGUACGGAGCACUCUGGUUGCAUUCCCUGGUCGAGAUCUGUGCGGUUGGGGUGCUGUACAGAGCAGGGGUGGGGAGAAGAAAGCUAGCCGAGCCCGCGAUGCGACGAGAUGUGGUAAGGCGCGAGUACGGAGUACCUGAGGCAGCAAGCCUGUGCCGGCAGAUGACCAAGUACCAAAGUACUCGUCCGAGCAGGCAGACGGGAAAACACACUCGCGCCGAUGAGGACAAGCGCUCAACCCGCCAACAGGCGCGGUGCAGGUUGUUGACGGCGCAGGAUGCUACUACCUGGGUUGUCCGUCUCGGAUACUUUGGUCCUGGCCCUCCAACGCGCCAAAGAACGGGACGACAGCCGGAGCUGUGCUUCGGACACUGCCUAAAGGGGACUCUACGCUGCCAAAGAGAGCGCUGGCGGCCAAAGAUACGUAGUCUUUCCCUUUUGGGCAAUUUGAAGCGCGGUCGCAAGUAUCUUGUACUUGCCCUUCUGGUCGAUCCGCCCCUGCCCUGCAUCUGCAAGCGGCCUAUCGGCGACCACAGCCGCCGAUUCGAAGCACAAACCCCCUUCAGGUGUCUUCAGCUCUGCAUGCGGGAGGCGGCCCAACGCCAAUCACAGGCCGCGAUCGAGAUGGAUUCUGGCAACACAUUCACUGCCACGGCCACCCUCAGCCCUGCGUCGCCAGACGAGGUCGGCGUCUAUUCAACCCAAUCGAGUCGGGACACAGCACGCUGGGCUGCUCCCCGCCUCAGGCUAGUCCCAGGCCACGACAAAAGAUCAUUGGCAGAGCGGUGCAAGCCACAGCCCUCUGAUCAACGGCUGUCGACUGAUGACUGGCUUUUGCGCAUGGCCCCCAAUCGGAAGAUGACAUCUAAACAUCCCGGCUGUCCCUGGACUCGAAUCCCCCAUCGCCUAAGUCUCUCCCGAGCAGUUCGUGUUCUAGAGUCCAACAAGGUGCCGGCGCUAGAUGACGACAAGAGCCAUUGCUUCGAUGACCGGGGCCUGAUCUACCAGGGCUCAUUUGAGAGGCGUGGAACGAAACGUGACUUGCAUCGGCACAAGAACGCCUUAUGGAGUGAAACUUGGUCAAUGCACAAGAUAGACACUGGUGCUUAUGCUUUGCACCCCCAAUACAUGUGCAAGCAGCGAUCUGGCCAGUCCAUUUGCUUCAACAAGUUGCAAGUGUGGCAAACCAGUAACAAGAAACGCUCUUUCCAGCUCAUAUGCGGCGUCAUAUCCGGCUUGGCAGGACAGCGUCAAUCUUGGAUUCAGACUCCAGGUGGCAAGUUACCCCACGACUGGCCCGUACUCUCUCCCCUCGAGCUCCAAAGUCAUGAAGUCACUUUGUGCAUUUGUGUUACUGCUUCCAGUCCUGGAUUGGUACGAGCACAUCCUGGCCCAUGGCAGAGCCGUGAGCCAGCAUGA